UCCCCCUUCUUAUAGCGGCCCGUUACCCCGGGGCUCCCAGUCGUCAGCCGCUCAGCCCGUCAGAGCCAGCAUGUCCUCAGCCUCCGCCACCGCCGCCGUGUCGGCGAUGCUCCUGCUGCUGCUCACCACCCACGCCUCGGCAGCCCCCGGAAAACUGCCGUCGUCGUUCAAAACGUGCAAGCAGAAUGACCCGGACUUCAACGGCUGCCUCAAGCAGGCGAUGCAGUCAGCUGCACCACUGCUCAAGAAAGGGAUUCCCAGCCUUGGCGUGCCGUCAAUAGAUCCUAUGCCAUUCGCGGCUAUCAAGAUCCAGCAAGAGAACAAGCAGAAACCAGUAGCAGUGGACCUCGAGUUCGAUAACCUGCUCGUCUACGAGAUGUCUCGCGGCUUCGUGGAUUCCGUCGAGAUGGUGCCCGGCAGCUACCGCAUGAAGGCACACUUGCGCGUUGACGAUCCCAUGUACAUGAUCGGUACAUACAAGGUGGACGGCAACGUCCUUGUCCUACCCAUUAAGGGAAAUGGCGCCUGCAACCUCACCAUCGUGGGUUUCGAAGCUGAUAUGGAGAUGUGGGGAGAGCCUUUGGAGCGAGACGGAGAAGUGUACUGGGAUAUCAAGAACUUCACAGUCAAGAUGGAGGUUGGGAAGGUCCACAUACAACUUGACAACCUGUUCAAUGGUGACAAGGUGCUGGGUGACAACAUGAACAAGUUCUUGAACGAGAACAUGGAUCUGUUGGUGCAGGACCUAAAAGCGCCGAUCGAGUUGGCGCUGGCGGCUACGCACAUGGACGUGGCUAAACGUCUGUUCAGCAAGGUGCCCUACAACUCCGUUUUUCCCCCAUCAUGAGUAUGCGCGAAAGCGCACGUGUGCACACCACCUACUUAUAACAGGAGGAGCCCGGAGGAGUCCCAUAUCUCUUCCUGACACCAAACCAAUUCCGACUGUACGCACUUGCACACAUGUUUCAAUAAACUCCUCAGUCUA